CCUUCGCAGUUAACGUUGCGUCCGCACCAACUGACCACCAAGACCAAGGCCAAGAAGAGUGUUGUUCAGAGCGCUUUGACGUGAAACAGUGAAACUGGUAUUAUUCCACGACGUCGUAUAAGCAACCAACCGCCCACGCGGAAAAUUUUAUUCCCUCUCCUCCACUCAACGCAACCAACCAUCUUUCACUCUCUCUCUCUCUCUCUUCUCUCGUCUCUGCCUACUUUUCCUUCAGAUCCUGAGCUUCAUUUCUUCCUUUUUUACUUCGGAAAAUUUGUAAGUGUACAAUUGGUUAUUUAUUCCCAGUCUGUGUUGUCCAAAUUGUAAGAGAGCACUGCAGUAGUAUACAAAGCUGAUUGGUUUUUACAUGCGUACCUGAUGAUUGGAUGGAUAAGAAGCGGCAAAUUGCGAUAUUCACUACUGCAAGCCUUCCAUGGAUGACUGGAACUGCCGUCAACCCUCUAUUCCGUGCAGCCUAUCUUGCAAAAGACGGGGAGAGAAUCGUCACUUUGGUCAUUCCUUGGUUAUCAUUGGAAGACCAAAAACUAGUAUAUCCCAACAACAUCACGUUCAGCUCACCAGCAGAGCAGGAGACUUAUGUCCGUCACUGGGUUGAUGAGAGGACUGGAUUCAAAUCUGAUUUUAGUGUACUUUUUUAUCCUGGAAAGUUUUCUUUAGAUAAAAGGAGCAUUCUUGCUGCUGGAGAUAUUUCGGAAAGAAUCCCUGAUGAAAAGGCAGAUAUUGCCAUCCUUGAGGAGCCAGAGCACCUUACGUGGUAUCAUCAUGGGAAGAGAUGGAAAAUUAAAUUUCGGCUCGUUGUAGGAAUUGUGCACACCAAUUAUUUGGAAUAUGUGAGAAGGGAGAAGAAUGGAAGAAUGAAAGCAUUUCUUCUAAAAUAUAUUAAUAAUUGGGUUGUCAGUUUAUAUUGUCACAAGGUAAUCAGAUUAUCUGCUGCCACCCAGGAUUAUCCUAAAUCCAUAAUUUGCAAUGUUCAUGGAGUCAACCCCAAGUUUCUUGAGAUAGGCAAGAAAAAGCAAGAGCAACAACAAAAUGGAAUCCAGGCCUUCACCAAAGGUGCCUACUACAUUGGGAAGAUGGUGUGGAGCAAAGGCUACAAGGAGCUACUCGAGCUUCUUCGUGAUCAUCAAAAGGAAUUAACUGGACUUGAGGUCGAUUUAUAUGGAACUGGGGAGGACUCUGAUCAAGUUCAGGAAACUGCUAAAAGAUUGGAACUGGCUGUUAGAGUCCACCCUGGGCGUGACCAUGCUGAUCUUCUAUUUCAUGAUUAUAAAGUGUUUCUCAAUCCAAGCACCACAGACGUGGUUUGCACCACCACAGCAGAAGCAUUGGCAAUGGGUAAAAUUGUUGUAUGUGCCAAUCACCCCUCAAAUGAAUUCUUCAAGCAGUUCCCAAAUUGCCGAACAUAUGACAAUGGUGAUGGGUUUGUUAAGCUCACACGGCAUGCACUUGCUGAAGAGCCUGCCCAGCUGACUGAUGCACAGAGGCAUGAGCUUUCAUGGGAGGCUGCCACAGAACGGUUUUUAAGGGUUACUGAGCUAGACCAGGAAUUUACAAGGAAACUGUCAAAAAGUCCUACAAAGAACUUUAUGUCUGCCUCAUUGGGGUUGUCGGGUAGCAUGGAGGGUGCAUCGGCAUAUGUGCAUCAUGUGGCUUCUGGUUUUGAAGCAACACGAAGGAUAUUCGGUGCAAUCCCAAAGAGUUUACAACCAGAUGAAGAACAAUGUAAGGAGCUUGGGCUGCCUAUGCCUGCAGUUUCAGGACAUGCUUAUUUGGCUACCGAGGAAUCCAAAUCAAGUGGUGUAAAAGGGUAGCUCCUGUUUUAUUCUUCUUGUUUCCUGAAAUUGAGAAUUGGAUGGGAAUGGAGGAAUGUUUUUUUUUUACAAAGGACGUGAUUUGAAUAAUGUCUCUUGUCAUUGUUAGUCUUUCUGGACAAGUACAAAACAGAGAAAUUGGGGAGGGGUUGUAUUUGUAAUUAUAAUUGCAAUGUACAUAACUUUACUAUGUUGUGGAUUUCCGUUUUAAUACAUAUUGCGAUGACUUUGUACUUUC